UCGCUAAUAGCAAAUUUUUCAACCACAACAUCCGCUUGUCAUGUUCGAGGCGGAACCAAAAAGUGGAACUAAAUCACGGCUAUAGUUUCCUGUCGACGUUAUUUUGUAUUGACCCAUUGUACGCGGCUACGCGUGCAAGUACCAAAGUUUGUGUUAAAAAUUAGGUAUUUUUCAGUUUCUUGUUAAUUAUAGCUCCUUCUCAAAUUAUAAUCGACUUGUUUAGUAAUGGCGUGUGCUCUGGUCAGUGGUUCCGGGCUGAGAGUCCCGCUUGAAGACGGGAGAGCAGUGAUCUUGGGUCGGGGUCCAGAUACCGGAGUCACGGAUAAGAAAUGCUCCAGACACCAGGUUAAGGUAGUGGCUUGUUUUGCUGAAAAGUCUGUCAUUAUAACCCAGCUUGGGCCCAACCCUAGUUAUCUGGAAAAUGAAAAGCUGUCUCGGGGUCAGUCAGGGACCCUGAGUCACGGAGGAGUUUUAUAUUUGGUGAAUCAGAACCACCCAUUUAAAUUGCAUUACUCCGUGAACUCCAAUGGAACCUCUUCUGGAGCAAAACACACUGGACUUAAAGCAAAAUACAAAACUAAAGGAGCUGAAAAAGAGGCCCAGAGUCACCAACCAAAGAGGAGUAUAAAGGAUUUCUUUCCUACUUCUCCUAUAAAGUCUUCAAAGCGAUCGCUGAGCCCAGAGAAAGACCAUCCUGAAAUGAAGCGCCUCAAAUCAGCCAUAGGAGCCAAGGAGGAAGAUUAUGAUGAAAAUGAGAAGAUGGCGGAGGAGGCGCUGAAGGAGCUACAAAAACUGGCAGCACGCUCUAUGUCUGACUCCAGUAACUCUAAUCGGGCUUCAGAGGAAUGUGCCAAGAGCAACUGGCAACAGAUCAACAAUUUAAUGGUUUACACAGCAGCCGGAGUCAAAGCAAGUGACAAGAUUGCUGGAUUUGACAUAGAUGGCUGCAUCAUCACCACUAAGUCUGGAAAAGUGUUUCCCACAGCACCGGACGACUGGAGAAUUCUUUAUCCUGAGAUCCAGCCCAGACUUGCUAGUUUGCUCAAGAAAGGGUAUAAGGUUGUAUUUUUCACAAACCAAAUGGGAAUCGCUAAAGGCAAACUGAGGCCAGAAGUGUUCAAGUCUAAAGUGGAGGACAUUCUUGCCACACUAAAGCUGUCAGUCCAGGUUUUUGUAGCGAGCGGUUCCGGCAUGUACAGGAAGCCAGUGGUGGGAAUGUGGACUCAUUUGUGUGAGAAGGCUAAUGAAGGAGUUCCUGUUGACAAGACAAAGAGUUUCUAUGUUGGAGAUGCUGCAGGAAGGCCAAAAAACUGGGCUCCUGGGAAAAAGAAGGACUUCUCCUCUAGUGACAGAUGUUUUGCCCUCAAUAUUGGACUACAGUUCCACACUCCUGAGGAGUACUUUCUGGGAUGGAAGAGCGCCCCCUACAGUCUACCUGAGUUUGACCCUAGAAAGCUUGACUGUAAUGAAUUGUAUGACCCACCAUCUGCUUCUCUCAUCUCAGACAAACCAGAGAUUAUUGUGGCUGUAGGUUACCCUGCAUCUGGAAAAUCAACGUUCUUUCACUCUCAUGUUAUUCCAAAGGGCUACGUGUAUGUAAACAGAGACACAUUGGGGUCGUGGCAGAGUUGUGUCGCAGCCUGUGAGCGUACGCUGAAAGAAGGACGCAGUGUUGCCGUGGACAACACCAACCCAGACCCAGAGUCACGGAAACGUUAUUUGGAUGUGGCAAAAGCUGCAGGAGUGCCAUGUCGAUGUUUCCAGUUCACUGCGAGUCUGGAGCAGGCCAAACACAACAACAGGUUUCGGGAAAUGACGCCAUCAGAAACCAAACAUGUAAAAGUCAAUGAUAUGGUUUUCUACAGCUACAAGAAACACUUUGUGGCACCUACGCUUUCAGAAGGAUUUUCUGAGAUACUUCAGAUUCACUUUGUGCCCAGAUUCAAAGACAGCCAAUCAGAAGCCCUGUUCAGGCAGUUCUCCGAAGGUUAAUUGGAUAGAAAUAAGUCGUGUUUUCAACACAAGCUGCUAGAGAUAGAAGAAGUCAACUGAAUAAAUGUAAAUGUGUGUAUUCAAUAAUAAAUACUU